AUGAUGGAAAGAAUAAGAAAAGAGAUGAUUCUGAUGGAGAGAGGGCUGCACAGCCCCACAGCCGGCAAGAGGUUCUCCAAUUUGUCCGACUCGGCUGGCAAUGCUGUGCUCGAGGCCCUGGAAAAUUCGCAGCACCCGGCUCGCCUCAGCCCGCGCCUGCCGUCUGCCCCCCUGCACAGCGCUCUAGGAGACCUCCCUGCCAAGGGCAAAUUCGAAAUAGAUACUUUGUUCAACCUGCAGCACCCGGGCAGCGAAAGCACCGUCUCCUCCGAAAUCGCGUCUGCAGCGGAGGGCCGAAAAAAGCCGGGUCAUUAUUCAGAGGCGGCAGCCGAGGCGGACAUGAGCAGCGACGUGGAGGUGGGCUGCUCGGCGCUGCGCUCGCCCGGCGGCCUGGGCGCCGCACCGCUCAAGGAAAACAAUGGCAAAGGGUUCGCGGAGAGUGGCUCAGCCGCGGGCACCACGACGUCUGCGUCGGGCUCUGGCCUCGGCAGCCUGCAUGGAGGCGGCGGCGGCGGCGGCGGCGGCGCGGGCGCAGCGCUGGUCGGCUCCGGCUCUGGCGCGGAUCAGGUGCGGCGCUACCGCACGGCGUUCACCCGCGAACAGAUCGCGCGCCUGGAGAAGGAGUUCUACCGGGAGAACUAUGUGUCGCGGCCCCGCCGGUGCGAGCUGGCCGCUGCGCUCAACCUUCCCGAAACCACCAUCAAGGUGUGGUUCCAGAACCGGCGCAUGAAGGACAAGCGGCAGCGCCUGGCCAUGUCGUGGCCGCACCCGGCCGACCCCAGCUUCUACACCUACAUGAUGACGCACGCGGCCGCCACCGGAAGCCUGCCCUACCCCUUCCACUCGCACGUGCCGCUGCACUACUACCCGCACGUGGGUGUCACGGCUGCGGCCGCGGCCGCUGCGGCCUCCGGCGCAGCGGCCGCGGCCUCAUCGCCCUUCGCCACUUCCAUCCGCCCGCUGGACACUUUCCGCGCGCUCUCGCAUCCCUACUCGCGGCCGGAGCUGCUGUGCAGCUUCCGCCACCCGGGCCUCUACCAGACGCCCGCGGCCGCCGCGGGGCUCAACAGCGCGGCCUCGGCCGCAGCGGCAGCAGCAGCUGCGGCGGCCGCGGCCUCCUCGGCCGCGGCGGCCGGGGCGCCCCCCAGCGGCGGCUCCGCACCCUGCUCGUGCCUCAGUUGCCACAGCAGCCAGUCGGCCGCGGCGGCCGCAGCCGCUGCCGCCGCCGCCCUGGGCUCCCGGGGUGGCGGCGGCGGAGGCGGCGGGGGUGGCAGCGGCGGCGGCGGCGCUGGGGCCGCCGGGGGCUCGGACUUCGGCUGCAGCGCCGCAGCGCCACGCCCCGAGAGCGGCUUCCUGCCCUACUCAGCCGCUGUGCUUAGCAAGACCGCCGUGAGCCCGCCGGACCAGAGGGACGAGGCGCCGCUCACCAGAUAA